AUGACUACUCCAAUCCAAUCACGUAUCUUUCUACCUGAUUAUCUUCUUCAAUAUGUCGUUGAAGGCAUCACGCCGCGGAUUGAUCCUGACCUCUUCCUAAGUGAAGCCGCCACCACCGAAAUUUUAGAGACAAUCUUAGCGUUCUAUCCUCAUUUCCGUUUUACUGCGCAUGUACAAGAAGAUCGUGAUCUGCUUCAAAGGAUGUUCAUUAGCAUGGUGGCACCUCGUCUAUCAAAUAUAAUCAUACCUACUCAGCGCGAUACAAACUACAUUCAAGCCCCAUUACGGACCCUGAUAUGUGAACCUCCAGAAUCUACGAAAACAGUGGACUCUAGCGCUGAUAUCGACAUUAAUCGGAUGGAGAUGUUCAAUAACUUUGCUCUUGCUUAUCUCAAGAAUGGACAGUACCGCCUGGCAGCUGAAAACCUUAACCGCUUCAUCGAUAGUUACAAAUUUUUGAACCAAGAAGAGAUCAAUGAAAUCGUGGAUGCUCAAACCGUUGCCGAAGAAGCUCUCCACGACAGCUCAUGCUAUCUUCAAGAUUGUCAUCGUUCCAUCGAGGGAAUACAGCUCCUUUUACGCCAACGCAAUCUCUCACCAACUGAACGUGAAGCGCUUGAAGAGCGACAAAAAACCACAAUCACUGCAUUAAGAUCCAAUCAGAGGUUGUUCAGUAGCUGUAUCCAAGAUUUUGGAUUCAUUGCUGCGUUGGCUGAAUAUCACAAGAACAUCCUGGCUAGUCAUCAAUCCGGUGCUCCUAAUUAG